CACACAGCCAUGGAGCUGCUGGACGGGCACUGCUUCCCUUCCCUGCUGCUUCUGCUCCUGUGUCUGCUGGCAGCCGGGCUCGGGGCACCGCUGGCCGACAGUCACUCCCUCUGCUAUGUCAUAACUGUCAAUCCCAAGGCUGGACCCAGACAGCAACGGUGUGAUGUUCAAGGUCACGUGGAUGACAGGAGGAUUCUGCACUAUGACUGCAGCUUCACUAAGAUCAGCUUUUUUGACCCCCUUGGGAGGGAAGUGGAUGCCAUUGACAACUGGGCAGAGCAGACAGAAAUGCUGCGAGAUGUGGUGGACACCCUCAUCCAGCAAGUGGCUGAAAUGAAACAUUCCACAAGCAAGGAUCCCCUGAGCCUGCAGGGCAGGAUGUGCUGCUGGCGUGGAGCCAGUGGUGGCACACACGGGUCCUGGCAGUUCAGCUUCGGUGGACAGAUCGGCCUCCUCUUUGACCCGGACGCCAGAAUGUGGACAGAGGUUCAUCCUGGGGCCAGCUGGUUGAAGACGACCUGGGAGAAUGACAGGCAGCUGACUGAGUUCUUGCGGAAGGUGUCCGUGGGAGACUGCACAAGGUGGCUGGGGAACUUCUUGUUGCCCAGGGAGGAGAUGCUGGAGUCUACAGCACGGCCACCCACAACCUCAGGACCAGUCCCAUUCAAGGCCACGGCCACCAUGCCCAUGCCCUGGACCAUUCUCCUGCUCCUCACCAGCUCAGUCCUCCUUGUCAUGCAAGGGGAGCCAUUCUGAGUGACAGGUAUGGAGGGCAGCAUUGGGAGGGGAGCAGAGGGCAGAUGGGAUUGGGUGGGACGAUGGCAGAGGGAAUUCCCAAGUCCAGCCCUGCCCCCUGGACUGCACUGUCUCAUUCUGGAAGUGAGACAGGAAAAUCAGUCCUCAUGUCCCUCAGUAGCAUUAACUGGGACCAGCUCAGCCCUGAGUUCUAAGAAAUUCUCCCUGUCAGGAGCCAGCCUGGUGGAGGGAGAGGGAGAGGGAGGGGCCCUUUCCUACACCGGGUUCAGCAGCUGGUUCAUGGCCUGUGGGUUGAAGAAGGCUUAGCCAGCUCAGGAUUUUGUAGCGCAGAUUCAGGGCCCAGUCACGGGAGACUGGGACACAGGAACACAGGCAUAGGGUUUGUGGGCAGCAAGCAGCAUGGACGCUCACUUGAGGAGUCGUUGUCAGAGAUCCCACCCUCCAAGCAAAGAGGAGGCUGAGCCCAUCCCAGGAUGAGGGGUGGGAAGGCCUUUGGGAACCAAUUCCUAAUGCAGAGGGCAGGGCGUUCCUGUUACCAGAGAACCUGUCCAAGGUCUUGGUCCCCCUGCAGGAAGAGAACUCUGGAAUGCUCCAAGGUUAAAAUUAACUAGCAAGGUCUGUUGUAAGCAAAGUCCACUCUCAGGGCAGGAGAGCGGGCGGGCAGGUGUACAGCAUCUGUGCUGAGAAUCUGAGGAAGAUUCCUUCUUUAUUGCAUCUGAUGGGGUGGGGAAUUGAGAAUUCCUGAGACGGGAGGAGGACUCUAGGAGUAGCUGGGGCUGUCCUGGAGCAGGGCAUCACCUGUCUUUUCUCUAACCAGGGCCUCUCUCAUCUGUGAUGCUGGAAUCACAACCACAGUGACCACACGGCUGACAUGACGCUGCCUAUCUGGGACAUUCACCACUGGGUGCCUUUGGAGUUGUUGGGCCGUGGAAAGUGCUUGCAGCCCUCUUGGGCCUCUGGGGUCUACUCACGUCGAGCUGUGUGCAUUGAGAGCUCCCCUACCCAGGGACUCUGGCCCCUUCCUUCUCUACUGGGAAACAGGACGAGCCUGUCUCUGUCGCUCCCCCUCUUCGUGGAGGAACGACACAGGACCCUGCGCUGUUCUUUUUUCUGCUCGGCCCUCCCCGGGUUUGCUGCUGGUUCUUCCCGGGUUGGCUACUAUCCCUUCCACCUCCGUGGAAGGGCAGUUCCCCCUGGCCGCAUUCCCCACUUCCGCAGGGGAGCGGCACACCGCCGGCCGGCUUUCUCGGGGGCUGCACGGGUUCCCUUAGAUGUUCCCCAUAGAUGUUCCUGGUGCAUGCCGUCUCUCUCCUCCUUUAUAGUCCUCCUCCGCCAAUCCCAACUCGGCUGCCCACACGCCGAGUACGCUGCUCUCCAAUCAGGAGCAAGUCCUACAGUUAAUUGGUUGAACUGGAGGCAGCUGUGCGGAAGCUGUUUACUUCUCUCCCAGCGCCAUAUUGUGGGAGAGCAGAUGCAUAGAAUAAGUCUUAAUUCCAGUAACUCAGUCUAGUCCGGUUGCUCCCCACAGAUCCCCCUUUCUUUUUAUUUUUUGGCAUUGAUACGCGCCUGUCUUCGGUGUC